CAACCUGCGUGACUUAGGGGAAACGCCAAUCAGGCAUUAUCUAACCAUUACAUGCAUCUACACAAGAUUAUGAUAAUAAGUGGUCCAAAGCCGCACGCUGUGACCUUGCGGGUCCAUUCGUACAUGUCUCCCUGAUGCGGACAUGCGGUGCAGCAUGCAAGCUUGUGUUGUGUUUGCUAGCAUCUCAUAGACAAGGAUUGAUUGGCAGUACGCGUCUGAAACGAGCGACUCGCGGUGGCCUUCCAGCAUCGAAAGGACGGAGGAGACUUUCUUGGGGCUUUCUUGAGGCUCCACGUCUACUUCAUUCUCCAUACAUGGUUCUUUACUAAUACCAAUCGCCUCAAACAACGCCGCACCUUCUCACUCAGCCGCGCUGCGAAGUAAGCCUUGCCAUAAUUUGGCUGAACAAGCAGCCACAGCUCUCCUGGAAGAAUGACGUUAUCAUAGCUGCAUACUAAGAAUGCGUGAGCCGAGCCGAGGGCGAGGCGACAGGCGGAUUCGGGCGGCUUUUGUGCGCGCCUGGCAGCGAGUCCUGAAUGACACGAAGAACCUAUGCCGGCUGGUCGUGCACUACCCAUCCACUACCAUCAUUCCGCUGCUAGUGCUGGCGGUGGUCGUGGGCGUGGGCGUGUGGGGAAUAACACGCGUGGCCGAGGCCGAUGCAAGCGGAGCCAAGAACCGCGCCACCGCUCUGGCCAUCGACACGGCCAGCUCGUUCCGGCAGCACCUGGACGCAGGCUCCCUAGCCCCCAUCAUGGCUCUGGCGGCUCUGGUGCAGCACGACCCGUCCUACGCCUUCCUGUCCUCCAUCUUCCCGUCCUUCGUACCCGUGCUGGCGUCGCAGGUGCCCGGCAAUGCGAUCCGCUCCCUGCAGCUGGCGCCCUUUGGCGUCAUCCGCAUGAUCUGGCCCUUGGCCGGCAACCAGGCGGCCUUUGGCCUGGACCUGUUCGCAUCGGCCACCGAGCGCGACGGGGCCGUGAAGACUGUGGAGGACCACAAGAUCACGCUGGUGGGGCCCAUGACCUUCAGACAGGGCGGCUACGGUGUGCGGGUGCGCAUGCCCAUCUUCGUCUCCAACGUCAGCCAGGGCCGCAACACCAGCUUCGGCGGCCCCGACCCGCUCAAUGACUACUGCGGUGCGCCCUGCUACGACGCAACCAACCGCACCCUGUUCUGGGGCUUCGCCACGGCGCUGGUGGACCUGAAUCUGCUCAGCAACAGCUCCGACUCACGACUGCGGGGGCUGGAGCAGCAGGGAUUUGACUACGAGCUGCUGGCGCCGGCCGCCGCCGCCAACCUGUCCGUCAUCGCGCGCAGCGGGUCUGACCUGGGCGGCCGGGAGGUUGUGGAGGCGGUCAUUGACCUGCCCAACAACAAGUGGGUGCUGCGCCUGGCCCCACACAACGGCGUGUGGAUGCCCACAUGGUACGCCCCCCUGCUUGCGGGCGUUGUGGUGUUGGGUGUGGCGCUUGCGGCGCUCAUCUUCGCAGUGCUGGUCACGCGGCGGCAGCACCAGAUGCUUCUGGAGGCGCUUCUGCCACGCGAAGUCAUCCGGGAUCUGGUCAGCCGGGAUGCGGCGUCGGCAGGGCCUCGCAUCAUGCAGGCCGACACCGCGGCUGACGUGCUACUCAAGAUGAUGGGCUGCCUUCUGGAGGGCUCCGCACCUGACCUGCGCGAUGUGCUGUUCAUCCGGACCACUGUGCUGCGCAACCUGGACAUUUACGCGCCGCUCAACCUGAGCAGCCACAUCAAGGAAGCGAACUACGACGCCGACGUGGCUCAGGCGCUGAUGCAGCAGUUAGGCGGCGCCGCCUUUGGUGGCGCCGCCAACGACCACCUGUACGACGAACUAGACGAUCUUGAGGUCGACAACCAACUGCCGUACGGUGUCGACGACCACGGCGCGUACGACGAGCUGGGGGAGAUGGACGGCGCGGGCGGUGGCGGCGGUGCGGCGGACCCGUGCGAGACGCUGGGCGGGGCGCUGGCCCUCCUGAUGACUCCUCAGCCCGCCAUUUGGUACGGUGGCGGAGGCGGAGGCGGAGAUGACUUUGACGACGCAAAGUCUGACGCCGCGCUGCCCACCGUCGUGACAGAGUGCGCAGUACUGACGACGCAAGGCUCCAUACACAGCAAUGCCGAAUCCGUGCGCGUGGCGGCGGUCGCCGCCUCCAUGGUGGGCACUGCCUCCGUCGUGGGCGGUGGCGGCGGCGGCGGCGGCGACGCAUUCGACGUGCAAUCCCGGCAGCUGUCCCUGUCGCUGACCGCCGCGGCACCGGCGGCGGCGGGGCCUGGCGCCGGCGGUGUCUCCUCCGCCGCUGCGGCCGCGAUCGACAGCUGGCGGCGGCGCAGCCGCGACCAUGCGCGCGAGCACACAGGGCAGGCUGGUGCGGGCCGUAUGUCCAACAGCCUCAGCGGUAUGCUUGCGCCGCCCGGGGCCCACGGCCCGACGCUGCCGCAUUCACCGCAGGCUGCAACGGCGGCGGGCGCGGCGGCGGCCGUGGCAGCAGCCAACCAAACCCUCAGUGGCAGCCAUGGCAACGUCUUCCUGGUGCCGAUGCGGCCGGCGACGGUGCAGGGUCUGCAGUCGGCGGCGGGCGCGAGCAAAGGGCUGCCGACGGCGUCGGCUCACGUGCCGCAGCUGCCGGCAGUCCUGACGUCGCCCGUGCCGCUGCCGUCACUGGCCACUGACGGGGCCGCCGGUACUGCCACUGCCGAAGAGAACGGUCCCUCGCAGUGCUCCUCUGACGCAGCUGACAACAUAGUGCCGAGCGGUGCCGGCCGGCCGGCGCCGCCGGCUGUGGUGAGCAGCGGCGGCGGCGUUGCUGGCGGCCACGGCCUCGGCGCCUACAGCCCGCUGCUCCUGUCGACGGCCGGGACGCCGCAUUCGGCGCGCCUGCAGCCAUCGAACAGCCAGCACAUCCAACACAGCGUCAGCGGUGGUGCGGGCAGUCCGCUGCUGGGCGCCCCGCCGCAGUCCUCCACCACCCCAGGCGGCCUCAGCGGCGGAGGCGGCGCGGGCGGCGCCAGCCUACUGCAGCAGCUGCUGCACACCACAGCCUCCGGUGCAGCUGUGGGUGCCGGUGCUGGUGCUGGUGCUGCUGUGGGCGCGGGCGCGGGUGGCGGCAGCGCGGCGAGGUUCAGCGCCUCGGCAGACAUACCCACAGCGGCGGUGGUGGCUGGGGCAGGCGACCGGGUCAAUAGCGCCGGCGGGCGACUGAUGCCGCCGCGCUCUCCGCUGGGCGGCCUGCGCAUCAAGCGGGCCCAGCAGGUGUCGCCUGGUCCGGGCCAGGUGGGCGGCGGGGGCGGGGGCUCGCUCUCUGCCACCUUCUCCGGUGCCCUGCUGUCGGCUAGUCAGCUGUGCCUGACGCUGCCUGAGGACCGGCAUAGCAGCCGCCUGGGUGGGGGACAGGGCGGCAGCGUGGUGGGAGGCGGAGGUGGAGGCGGAGGCAACAUGCUGCAGACGCUGACGGCACGCCGCCAGGCCAUGCCGCCGCCGCCGUCCGUAAUCAUGGAGGUGGAGCGGCUGCUGGCGGGCGCUGAUGGGUGGCAGUUCGACACCUGGCGGCUGCGGGAGGCCACGCAGGGCCACCCGCUCUCCACACUCGGCUUCUUCCUGCUGCAGCGCUCCGGCAUCAUCAGCCGGUUCAAGCUGAGCGGCGUGACCGUGGCACGAUUCCUGCGUCACAUCGAGGCAGGGUAUCCAGACAACCCCUACCACAGCGCCACGCACGCGGCCGACGUGCUGCAGACGCUGCACGUGAUCAUUCACGGCGCGCAGCUGCACGUGCACUACCUGGACGCUCUGGGGCUGUUUGCGGCGUACUUUGCGGCGAUUGUGCACGACUACGGCCAUCCCGGCCUCACCAAUGACUUCCUCAUCGCCACCUCCGACCCGCUGGCGGUGCGCUACAACGACAAGUCGCCGCUGGAGAACCACCACGCCGCGGCGGCCUUCAGCGUGCUGCGGCGGUCAGAGGUGGAUGUGUUGUCGACGCUCACACUGCAGGAGCGCAACACGUUCAGGAAGCAGGUCAUCGAAAUGGUCCUGGCUACCGACAUGAAGCAGCACUUCACAACGCUGUCACACUUCCAGACCAUGCACCGACUAGCCAGCUUCCAGCAGGUCCAGCAGGCGGCGUUGGCCGCGGCCUCGGGCGCAGCGCCGUCCCCGGCGGGCGGCCACUCCGGGCGCAACCUGAUGGCGAAUGGGGGCGGGGGCGGCGGCGCGGGGGGUGCCGCGGUGACUCCCUCCGAGCGCUCCGCCACGCUCCUGGAGCACAUGACUGCGCCCCGGCCCAAGGACGACAUGGAGCGGAUGCUGGGCCUGCAGGUGGCGAUGAAGGCCGCGGACCUUGGUCACCUGGGCGAGGAGCUGGAGGUGCACAAGCGCUGGCUUGCUGGGCUGGAGGAGGAAUUCUUCAACCAGGGCGACCGCGAGAAGGAGCUGGGCAUCCCCAUCAGCCCUCUGUUUGACCGCGCCAAGCAGGGCGUCAGCAAGAGCCAAGUGGGCUUCUACGACUUCGUGGCACUGCCGCUGGUGCACGCGCUUACCAGCGCUUUCCCCGGUUCCAAGCCGCUCAUGAAGUGCUUUGCACGCAACUACGCCCACUGGAAAAGCGUGGAGGCGGCCGCCGCGGCCGCUCCCACGGCUGGUGGCGGCAGUACUGCUGUUGCAGCCUCGCCGAGCGGCAAGGCGGCUGGGGCAGCAGCGGCGGCAGCCGGCGACAAGGUUGGCACACCGGAGGGCAAGGGCGGAAAGGAGGGGAAGGAUGAGCCCGCGGGUGCGGAUGUGGCUGCCAGCCGCCCUACAGCUGUUCUUCCUGCAUCCGGCAAGGCAGCUAACGGCGCGGAUGUGCUGCAGCGGCAGCAGACGGCGGGUGAGGGCAUCGCAGCAACGCGCGCGAAUGCGGCCGCAGAGCAAAAGACGCCGCGGGGUGCUGCGCCCAACGGCAGGAUGCCAGCGACGGCAGCCGGCGCCGCCUUGCCUGCAACCCCGAGCCGCAGAGACGCCAUCGCAGCGCCUGCGCAGCUGCAAGAGGAGUGAAGCAUGGCCGGCGCCGCCAUUAUGACCUAGCUAAUACACAGCGGCAUCCAGCUCCAGCAUGAUGAUCUAGCUAACACACAACGGCAUCCAGCUCCAGCAUGAGAUCACGAUGUCCAUAGUCGCGGCGUGUGCGUGGUAGCGUGUGGCGAAAUGUUGCAGGUUCCGUGGCUGUGUAAUGCUGCAAAUAUUCUGGGAUAACUCGAAUGAUGAUGCUCGUUUUGUCUAGCGUUGCUGCACGGGGCUGCUUGAACUGGCAAGCUGGACGCAUACAUGCGAUGCACACUAACUCGCAGGGAGAGGUCACGCUGCAGUUGCAGAUGCUGAACGGGAUCUGGGCGUUUCCGUUGAUUGGGCUGUGUGAAAACCAGUCGCGUUUAAGGGAAAGGAAGCUAUUGACAGCCCGCCCUUGGUCCCGCUUUCAACAUGUGGGAUGGAAUGGCUACUUUACAACGGACCGCUCUGGUCUACGUACGCAUUAGUUCCGCAACGCACGUCGAUAACGGACACGCGCUUGCUGGUCUCACUGCUGGCCUGCAUGGUCAUGUUGGCCCGACUUGAGUUGCUCCCGGACAGGGGCGAUUGCCCUGUAUUGAGAAGCUUGAGCGACUGCGACUGUGUGUGUUCUCUAUGCCUUGAUGGCUAGCAGCGGUGCUCGUAUCCUCCCUUGCUCAUGCAUGCAUGCGCAUACCACAAUUGAAGCCCAUCCAGGCGAAGCUGGUAUGGCCCAUCACACACGGUGUGUCCUCGUUCACGGUGCGUCCAUGUACACGGUGUGCUGUGUAUGCGUGCUCGUCUGGUUGCCUGCCACGGCGGUACCACGGAACCCUCGACGUGUUCCGAGCCCAGUCCGGCUGGUGCGUGUGAGGCCGCGAAGGCUGAAGACCUGCAGCGGCAGGCAUUUGGGCGGUGUAUUGCGUAUGCCACGUCUAGGCUGUUUGUGAUGCUGUCUGGUCAAGAGUGCAUGGGAUAAGGGAUGUGCAUGCGCAUGCGACAUGCUUGAGGACGCGUGCAGGUCAGGAAGCUGCGCUCGGUGGUUGGGGGCGGAAGCUCACGUGGGGCGUCUGCGGCGGGCGUGGGCGAUGUACCGUUAAGUAGUGUCUGCUGGGUGAGCUAGAGUUGCGCCCCUGUUGGGAUGAGCCUCCACACAGGGUAGUGAGUCGGGGCGGCCGGCGGUGGCUUGGAGUAUGAUGGUUCUUUGCGACGCACGAAGGGGGUUAACGGAUUCAUGCAAUGAUGAGACUCAGUUAGUGUUGUGAAGAAGUGCUUCGGUGUAGUACGGCUGCCUUGCAGGCUUAAGGGCAGGGGUCCUGGGGCAUGCUAACCAGGUGCAGCUGGCACCCCUACCUCUCCAGGGCGCUCAUCGGAUGCCGUGUCGGACAUAAUUAUCGAAAUCAAUAGGCAAUGCAUUCGAAGUAAUAACAACGUGA